AUUCUUUCUUUCCUCACCAUAGAAAUCUCCAAAAGCUCUCUCUUUCUCUCUGUGCAAAUUAUGACUUUAAUCAGUGAAAAACACCCCAAAGACUGCGCCAGCAAGAAAAAAAGCAAGAAGCUCUACCUAUACCUCACCACAAUAGUCCUCUCUCUACUAUCUGUGAUCUUCAUAAUAUGGCUCAUCCUCCACCCCUCAAAGCCUCACUUCUCCCUGAAAGAAGCCGGCAUCAACCAGCUCAACCUCUCCCUCGGCCCAUCCCUCCUCAACUCCUCCAUCCAAAUCACCCUCCAAUCCCACAAUCCCAACACGAAAGUGGGGAUCUAUUACGACGACUUCCUUCUCUAUGCCUCCUACAAAGGCCAGAAGAUCACCCCAGAGACCUCAGUCCCCCGCUUCUACCAAGACCUCCAUGAGACCAACCUCCUCAGCGUGUCGCUGGUCGGAAUCCAGCUCCCGGUGUCCCCAUCCUUUGCGUACGAGGUGCAGCGCGAUCAGGGGGCAGGGAGGCUGGCCUUGAGCAUCAAGGGGAUGGGGCAGCUGAGGUGGAAAGUGUGGACUUAUGUCUCAGGGAGGUAUCGGUUCAUUGUCAACUGCGUGGUGAUUAUGCCGCUUGGGCCUACUAUACCUUCGCCGCCAUUGAGUGCAAGGCAGACCUCACAGUGUUCUACUUCAAUGUAAUGGCCAAUGGGAAUGUGAGACUGGGGAGAUGAUGGAUUGAUUCUUGAUGCUUAUGGUUUCUUGGUGGAUUUAGUGUUGAAAGUUUUCUAUUAUUGAUUAAUUACAGAUAUACUCCUACUUAAUAGUAAUAAUAAAAAUGGGAAGAUUAGUAUCUAAUUUUUCUUUGGUUUUGUAUGUUAUGGAAGAAAGAACAAGUAGGAUUGAUUGGUGUCUUUUUGGUGUUUACCAUUUGGUGGUAGAUGGGAUUUUCAAAGUUAUGAAAUGGAAACUUUUGCUGCUUUCUUGAUUGAGAAA